AUGCCAAAAGGCAAAGCCAAGAGGCGUAACCCGCGACCGUACCACGGCUCUGCAGGGCCAUAUGAGACCCACCAAGGCUCAUCACACAGACGUGGCGGUACGCACAAAGUACGCGAUGAGAAUAAGACUGACUCCGUCUACGACAACCUCAACUACAAAGAGCUUGUAGAAACAGCGAAAGAGCGUAGUAUCUACCGCAAGGAUAUGAAGAAGGUAGAGAUGGCUUGGGCCUUGAAGCACGACGACGAGAAUAGAAAGCGUGCUGAACAGGACGCCCGUAUUGCACGUCAAAGGAAGCUGGAGGAGGCAAAGAAGGAAGAGGAGAGAAAGGCUGCGGAGAAAAAGGCACAGCUCGUUGCUAAGCAAAAGAAAAGAAGAGAGAAAGAGGAGAGGAGAGAGCGUGACGAAAGCGUUAGUGAUGACACUGUGAGUGAUCCCGACUCGGAAGACGACGAAGACGCAGGGAACGAGUACAACCGCGAGAGAUUCGGUGAGGCGCUCAGUGAGGAAUCGUGGGAUAGCAGUUCUUCAGAGUCUAGUGCUGCAUCAGUAAACCAGAUCUACGAGCCUGGAUGCAGACUCCGCCUCUUCGAAUGGCCCAACCAAACCAUGCCAUCAGCAAAACCCGGAGGUUGGGAUUACAAAAGAUGGUGUCCGCUGCCCUUGCCCUGUCCCGUUCCUUAUGCACCUCUGAAGAUUACAACGAUGUAUAGCAAGCAAAAGCUCAUGUUGCCUGGAGCAAAGUAUCCACCAGGCGUCGCUCCGGACUUCGUCCCCAUCCUGAACCCUUUGGUUCGAUCCGCAGCGCGUAACGGUCAUCUCCUUGGCCCGCUCCGCAAAGCCGUUAUCGAAAGAGGUACGGAUUGGGCUCGACGCACCCUUGUACAGGGUUGUAAUGGACACAUGUACUUCCACCUCGGUUCGCGAAACGAAACCAAAGUCCUGGCCGACACAUACAACAAAUGGUAUCUCGAAAACAGAAAGUUGCUGCGCGUGAAGGGAAAGGGUAAUGGCGAUCCUAGUGAUCGCGCUGCACGCCAUGCGCAACGGCAGAGGAAUAAGGCGAAGAUGACGGCGGAGGUGUAUGAGGCGUCGCAGUAUCGGCCGUUGGCCAUGUGCUAUGUACCUGCUUAUCUGGGGUAUAGUGAGCCGGUUCAAGAUAGUGUGGGCAAGAAGUGUUUGGAGAACUUGUUCUUCGUUAGGUUUCCCGGGUGCGAUGUACCGCAUUAUUACUUCUGGGCCAGGGAGGGGGAGUGGGGUGAUCCUACGGUGGUGAAUCCGGGGUGGAGUGCUCAACAGUGGAAAGAGAAGGGCACUAUGGGCAUGGAAGAGAACGGGAAGAAAGGGGAAGGAUCGAGAAGAAGUCGGCCUGCUGGAACGCAGUUGGUGCGCGUCCGCAGGUCAUCUAUUGACCUCCCUUCCUCUCCACCUUUCCCAACCCCAACAAACAUCACCGAAACCAUAUCACUCGUCGAGCACCAAAUCUACCGCGACGGCCUUUCCGGAACCCUCGCGCACUACCGACAAAAGUGGGCUGUGAAUGGGAAACAACGUGCCUGGCAAACGUUCGCUGCAGCAUUACCAAAGCUAUGGCCCAGUGGCGAGAUACCAAGCGUGCCACCCGUACAUAGCGAACCUGGGGUGAAGCUUUCGGUUAAACUGGCUACUAUCGAUUGCAUGAAGGAAUAUGGCGAAACGCCGUUUAGUCCGUUGAAUGGGACUGAGGCGUGGACGAGGGAUGAUGAUAGGGUUUGGGAUGUUGUUGAGGUUGAUGUCGAGGAGGAGGCUGUGUCACCUAUCGCUUCGACCGAAGAAGACGACGACGACAACGACGACGAAGCUGAGGGAAAGGAUGGGGAAGAAGGGACUGGUGCUUCUGAGGAAGACGACGGCAACGAAGCAGACGAUGAGGCGUUGUGUCGCCGUGAUAGCGUGGUUUCUGGUAUGGAUUUCAACAUGUCAGAUGCAGUGGUGGCAUGGUUGGAAGGAGUUAGUGAUGUUUCGGCAGUGUCGCCUGCGCCGAGCGAACCGCUUGAUGGAGAGAUAAAACUGCUCGAGUGGGAAACAAGGUACCUGCCGGGUAGCAACGACUCGAGCGGUAGUGUUGCGAUAGACGGCUUGUACCUGUUCUGCUGUACACUGUAG